AUGAAGAAAAAUAUUAGCCGCGCUGAUGCUGAUGACGGUCGGGACGUUGAUGACGGCCGGGACGUUGAUGACGGUCGGGACUUUGAUGACGGUCGGGACGUUGAUGACGGUUGGGACAUUGAUGACGGCCGGGACGUUGAUGACGGUCGGGACGUUGAUGACGGUCGGGACGUUGAUGACGGUCGGGACGUUGAUGACGGCCGGGACGUUGAUGACGGUCAGGACGUUGAUGACGGCCGGGACGUUGAUGACGGCCGGGACGUUGAUGACGGCCGGGACGUUGAUGACGAUCAGGACGUUGAUGACGGCCGGGACGUUGAUGACGGCCGGGACGUUGAUGACGGCCGGGACGUUGAUGACGGCCGGGACGUUGAUGACGGCCGGGACGUUGAUGAUCUCCUUGCGUGA